AUGGACUCUAUUCCGAAGGGACAUACGACGGAGUACAGAAAUCAUUUCUACUCUAUACUGAACGGUAACGAGCGAUUAAGUGAGCUGUUUUUCUCAAAAGAGGCACGGGAGUUGCGUGAAAAAAGGAAGUGGUCGGAUCGAUAUUAUGGGGGCCAUCUGCGAAGGCUAGAUGAAUCUACCGUAGAACGAGUGUUCCGCAAGCUGAAACCUCUAUAUCGUAGUAACAUUGAUUUCAUUGCCUUAUCCAAUACAAGGAUGCAGGAAUUCAAAUACUUGCAUGAAAUUGCCGAAAGGAAACGCGUUGAACAACAGCAGGAAGCUCUCGAACUUGAAGUUGAGUUGACAACUGCACCCGAGCUCGUUGAUCUGGAAGUAAGAAGGCGGCGUAUUGCUGCUGAAUUUACAAAGGACUCCAGUAAUCCCAAAGUUCUAGAUGAAUUCCUCAAGAUAAACGAAGAAAUUUUCAAUGACGGUCGUCCCAGUGGUUCGAGUGGCGAUCGAAGGGCUCUCGUUGAUCGCCAGCUUUCCAUAAUUGAGCAAGCAAUAACUUGCAAUCCUCGGAAAGCUGAGUUUCGUUUGAAAAAGCUGCAGUUCUUGAAGGAAAAGCUACCAAGUAACGAACUGCUGUCGCAGUGGGAAAAGAUUUUGAAUGCCUUUGUCAAUAAUUGCUCGAUGUGGGAGAAAUAUUUGGAUUUCAUACAAUACGAUAUGGUGCUGUAUUCGACCGAUGUUUUGGAAAGAGCUUUCGAUCGAUGCUUCGCCAAACUGAGCGACAUUCUUAACGGAGUGUUCAUAUCGCACAAACCAGAAGAAAACACGGAGGUUUUCCUUUUGCACAUGUACGUCAGAAGGCUAUUGUGGUGGAUGGAACGUGGCUACACAAAUCGCGCAGUCGCUAGCGUUCAG